AACACGCUCCUUUACUACGCUCCUGACCCGGGUCCUGUUUGAGUGUCGCACGUUGAUGACGCAGGGUUAGCAGUGGCUUCAGCUGUUACUACGCUUACUUUUACCGUAGACUGAAUUUACAGCGCCAGCUCAGGAGAUGUCCUCUUUGUGUGGCACCAGCAAUGGCUUCGAAGAGGAAGGACAAGAGGCCACAGAGAAACAAGAGAAGGAGCAUCCCCGAGUACUCAUCCCUGAGUUGUGUCGACUCUUCUACCAGCUGGGAUGGGUGACGGGGACGGGCGGAGGGAUCAGUCUGAAACGAGGAGAGCAGAUCUACAUCGCACCGUCAGGCGUCCAGAAAGAGAGAAUACAGGCAGAAGACAUGUUUGUGUGUGAUGUGGAGGAGAGGGACAUCAGCUGUCCACCUGCCUGGAAGAAGUUAAAGAAGAGCCAGUGCACACCGCUUUUUAUGAAUGCCUACACUAUGAGAGGGGCACAGGCAGUUAUACACACCCACUCCAAGGCUGCUGUCAUGGCAACGCUGCUGUAUCCUGGCAAAGAGUUCAGGAUAACACACCAGGAGAUGAUCAAGGGGAUUCGUAAGGGCACCUCAGGCACCAACUAUCGGUAUGAUGACACCCUGGUCGUGCCUAUUAUUGAAAAUACACCAGAGGAGAAGGACUUGAAAGACCGGAUGGCUCGGGCUAUGGAAGAAUACCCAGAUUCAUGUGCGGUCCUCGUCCGUCGACAUGGUGUCUAUGUCUGGGGCGAGUCGUGGGAAAAAGCCAAGACCAUGUGCGAAUGCUACGACUACCUGUUCGACAUCGCCGUCCAGAUGAAACAUUGUGGACUGGACCCUUCAGCCCUCCCAACGGAACAAAAAGGAAUAGUUUGACAUUCGCAAAAGCUUUUUAAAGAGACAUUUGUUGCAGAAAGGUCAGUGGAGUUCAAUCAGGGGAGCAGAUUGUAAUCAUUUGCCUUUCACGCUGGCCUGCUUCAAAUUUGAUGAAGUUUGAUGGUAAGGGCAGAUUCAGGAUUGAAGGAGAUUGAAUGCCUGUGAUCCGGAAGGACCUGGAGGUACGCUGCAAAGCACUGUGGGACAACUCACGAGUGAGCAGCUGUCAAAUCAACGUCCUCAGGUUCAAGUGCUUUCCUAUUCAAGUUUGACUGAACUGGAAUCAAGGUCUGUGUGCAUGUCAGGUAUAUUGGGUGUAUCAGGUGUAUUUCAGUUGAUCUGUAAAUGUGAUUUUCUGCCUUUGCUUUAAUUAAAUAAAAAUGGAUGGGAUGUAAA